AUGAGUGGCGAUCCGACACAGCAACAACCACCCACAACUACAACCGCAACAACAAAAUCAAGCACAGCUGGUGCUUUGAUUGCACCUAAUGGUACAUCACCCACCAUCAAUCAUGUAAAUAAUAACCACACUAACAACAACAAUUUAUCGAUUCCAACCACUUCCAAUAUGAACAAGAGUCAUCACGGUAUUAAACGAAUUCUGAGUGAGGUGAGGGAAUUACAGAAAAAUCCAUCCGACGAAUAUGAAGCCCAUCCGUUGGAAGAUAAUUUGUUUGAAUGGCACUUUACGCUUUCAGGACCAAAAGGAACAGAUUUUGAAGGUGGUAUCUAUCACGGAAGAAUCAUUCUGCCUCCAGAAUAUCCACACAAGCCACCAGAUAUUGUUUUAUUGACUCCAAACGGAAGAUUUGAAACAAACACAAAGAUUUGUCUCUCACUCACUUCAUAUCAUCCCGAAAGUUGGACUCCACAAUGGGGCAUUCGGACUGUAUUAAUAGCACUGCAAGGAUUUUUCCCAACAGAAGCCAAAGGUAUUGGAAGUAUUGAAUAUCCAUCGAACGUACGGAAAAGAUUGGCGAUUCAAUCCCGAAAAUGGAAGUGUGAUAUUUGUAAAACGAUCAAUGAGGAGGUUCUUACGCAGUCUCCUCAAAUUCCUUCGGGUGGCGAAACUAGCAGCACCACAACAGCAGUCAUGACCGAUUCAACUGCUCAGACACAACAACACCAACAGGCAGAAAUGGCAUCAAUUUCCACGGCAGCUGAGCACGGUAAUCGUUGUAUUUCUGAAGCGUGUAACCAUGUUAAUCAUCCUCAUUACCAACAACAACAACAACAACAAGGUGAAAUCGUCAUGACAACAUCACAACCAUCAUUGGAUGUAAAUUCAGAAACUAUUUUAUCAUCAUCUGUAAAUACUACUACACCAACAAAGACAGAAUCUAAAAGGAAGCUUUCCGCAGCAGCUAGAACACCCUUAACCAACAACAAAAAAUCUACUGUUUUCUUAGAUGUUUUGAUUGCUGCUUUGGCAAUUCUUAUUGCAUAUAUUUUGUAUUAUCGAUUCUCCAAUGGAAAAUAA